CACAUUUUACUUAACGGUUGUCAGUUGCUGCUACACAUAAGUAUUCGGCCAUUUUCGCGACGCAACUUUUGUUUCCACCUUUUUUAGAACUUGCAUCGAGUGCAUUUUCCGUGACAGUCUGCAAGAGGCGGAACCGAGUGUAAGUGUGCAUGCGGAAACCGAACUGUUCUCGUGCAACACAUUUUCUGCAUGCUGGAACUUGCAGGGGCCAUGGCCUUCCUUGGGAGCGCAGUUCAGCGGUUUGUGUCAGCAGUGCGGCCUCCUCUCUCUCCCUUGAGCCGGACAACCGCUUGGUCCUACAGCUCAGAGCCCACCAAGGAAAAAAGUGUUCCCUAUGAUAAGACACUCAAACAAGAGGAUGGAGCUUCCUCUGGACCCACUAAACCUUUGCCCAGGUCAGCGGAUGUGGUGGUGAUCGGAGGAGGCAGUUUGGGCUGUCAGACCAUCUACCACCUGGCUAAAAUGGGGAUGACCAACUUAGUUCUGCUGGAAAGAGACAGACUGACCGCUGGCACCACCUGGCACACUGCAGGCCUGCUGUGGCAGCUCCGUCCCAGUGAUGUUGAGGUAGAGCUCUUGGCCCACACCAGGAAUGUGAUAAGCAAAGACCUGGAGGAGGAGACGGGUCUUCACACAGGCUGGAUCCAGAAUGGAGGACUCUUCAUCGCCUCCAACAAGCAGAGGCUGGACGAGUACAAGCGCCUCAUGUCGCUGGGUAAAGUGUAUGGUAUCGAGUCCCAUGUCCUGUCACCUGCGGAAACCAAAGACCUCUAUCCCCUGAUGAACGUUGAUGAUCUGUAUGGAACCCUGUAUGUACCAAAAGACGGCACCAUGGACCCAGCAGGCACCUGUACCACCCUGACCAGAGCUGCUACCGCCAGGGGAGCCACGGUGAUUGAGAACUGCCCUGUGACUGGUAUCCAAGUGCGGACAGAUGACUUUGGUGUGAAGAGGGUGAAGGCAGUAGAAACCCCUCAUGGGAACGUUGAGACUCCUUGUGUGGUGAACUGUGCAGGCGUGUGGGCCACCAAGCUGGGGGAAAUGGCUGGAGUCAAGGUGCCUCUUAUCGCAAUGCAUCAUGCCUAUGUGGUGACCGAGAGAAUUGAAGGCAUACAGAACAUGCCAAAUGUCAGGGACCAUGAUGCAUCAGUGUACCUGCGCCUCCAAGGUGACGCCCUGUCUGUGGGGGGUUAUGAACAGAACCCCAUCUUCUGGGAUGAGGUGUCUGAUAAGUUUGCCUUUAGCCUGUUUGACUUGGACUGGGAUGUAUUCAUGCAACAUAUUGAAGGUGCAAUCAACAGAGUUCCUGUUCUGGAGGAAAUUGGCAUUAAGUCCACGGUCUGUGGACCAGAGUCAUUCACAGCUGACCACAAGCCACUGAUGGGAGAAGCCCCAGAGGUGAGAGGUUUCUACCUGGGAUGUGGCUUUAACAGUGCCGGCAUGAUGCUGGGAGGUGGAUGUGGCAGAGAGCUGGCUCACUGGAUCAUACACGGUCGUCCUGAAAAGGAUAUGUAUGGUUACGACAUCAGGCGUUUUCAUAACUCGCUGACAGACAACCCACGUUGGAUCAGAGAGAGGAGCCAUGAGUCGUAUGCUAAAAACUACUCUGUGGUGUUCCCCUUUGAUGAGCCGCUGGCCGGCCGAAACAUGAGGAAGGACCCUUUCCAUCAGGUGCUGAUGGAGCAGGGCUGUGUUUUCCAGGAGAGACAUGGCUGGGAAAGACCAGGCUGGUUCAACAAAGAUGGGCCCGCUCCUGUUAAAGACUACGAUUACUAUGGGGCUUAUGACAUUAAGAAGAAUGUGAACUACAAAUAUAACGCAUUACUGGGCAAAGAGUACACCUUUGACUUCCCUCCACAUCAUAACGUGAUCAAGAAUGAGUGCCUCACAUGUAGACAUGGUGUGGCAGUCUUUGACAUGUCGUACUUUGGAAAGUUCUAUCUUUCUGGACCAGAUGCCAAGAAGGCGGCUGAUUGGCUGUUCACUGCUGAUGUCAACAAGAACCCAGGCUCCACUGUGUAUACCUGCAUGCUGAAUAAGAGAGGAGGAGCAGAGGCUGACCUCACAGUGAGCAGACUGGAGCCUGGUGCUGCCAACCUGCCCCUGGCACCACAGUCUAAUGGUGAUGCAUACUACUUGGCCAUUGGAGGCGGUGUAGCAGAACACAACUGGAACCACAUCAGAACAGUUCUUCAGGACCAAGGCUUCCACUGCCAGCUGACAGACCACUCUGAGGACAUGGGGAUGAUUAGCAUCCAGGGACCAAAAAGUCGAGAGGUGCUUCAGGAGUUGUUGGACACAGACCUGAGCAAUGAAGCGUUCCCCUUCUCUACCCACAAGGUAGUCAACGCAGCAGGGCAUCAGGUGCGAGCUAUGCGUCUGUCAUUUGUCGGAGAGCUCGGCUGGGAGUUACACAUUCCCAAAGACUCUUGCCUUCCAGUCUACCAUGCUGUCAUGGCUGCUGGUGCAAAGCACGGCAUCAUCAACUCAGGCUACAGGGCCAUUGACUCACUCAGCAUAGAGAAAGGGUACAGACAUUGGCACGCUGACCUUCGGCCAGAUGACACACCCUUGGAGUCGGGGCUCGGCUUCACCUGCAAACUGAAGAGCUUGAUACCGUUCCAGGGCCGUGAUAGGCUGGAGAAACAGAAGAAGGAGGGGCUGAGGAGGCGUAUCGUCUGCUUUACCAUUGAUGAGAAAGUACCGAUGUUCGGUCUAGAGGCCGUUUUCCGUAACGGGACUCCUGUUGGUCACCUACGGCGUUCUGAAUAUGGCUUCUUUAUCGACAAAACUAUUGGAUAUGGAUAUAUCCGCAACCCUGCUGGAGGAGUGGUGAGUGCAGAUUUCAUAAAGAGCGGGGAGUUUACCCUGGAGAGGAUGGGAGUGACUUAUGCAGCCAAGGCCCACCUCAAAUCUCAAUUUGACCCCGAGAAUAAACGCAUCAAGGGCAUCUAUGCUUAAGAAGGACCCCAUGUGGAAACUGAAGAAUACACACUGGUCAGAGAAUGAGGCUGAGAGAGCAGCCCCUAGGAUUUCAACAUCAUUUUAUCAUAUCAUAAGCAGACAUAAUCCAUUGAUUUGGGAAGGAUUUUAAUUUGGGUUCCUUGUAUUUGAUUGGGUCACUCAAAGGUUGGCGUGGCUUGCCGCUGGCAGACAAUACAAAUUUAUAAAAGAAAUGUUUUGCAAUGAAAAAUAAAUUUAAAUAAAUUCAUGAAAACUACUGAAUUGGCAUGCUCAAACUACAGUACUCAUACCACAUGGAAACAGCUAGCUAGCAAAAACCAGCAGAAGGUGUUACCAAGUUACCAAAGUGUACUUUGCUUUAAGGCUACUAUCUACCAGUUAAUUUAAAUAUGAAUAAUAUAUUUAACCCAGUAAUGUUAUCAAAGCUUACAUGAAAGCAUGUAGUCCCUGAGCUCAGACACUGUAGCAACGUGGGCUGCACAUGUGAUGGGAGAAUGCACUGUGCAUGCAGAGAGUUGUAAUCGUACUUUUACUUUUAAUUCUCAAUUAAUGGGAUGCUAAUUAUUUGUACAUGUGAUGUUGAUGCUGUUGAAUGCAGUGAAAGGUUAUAAUUCGAUCAAAUGACCAUCCUGUUAACAUGCCAUAAGACCUAGUAUUAUUUUUUGGGUGUAAAAAAAAAAAAAGGUUCAAUAUUAAAAGUUAACAUUUUCAUAUUAACGUUCCAAAUAUUCCCUAGCUUUACACCCUUAGUAAAUUUUGUAAAUUCUGUAAAUCUUUCAACACUUUGCAAACCUAGGUGCAACUGAUUAUUUUACAUACAGGUGCAGCUGUUUUACUCUAAACCUCUCCGUGAAAAACUAUGCAUCUUUAACAUGACCAUUUUAUAUUAGAAUUUAAUAUAUAAGACUAUAUCU